CCAGAGGCGUUUAUUCUGCAGGGGCAGGACCACGUGUGGUUCUGGUCCAGAGUAAAAGAAGAGGAGAGAGACUCGCAGCGAGACGCUCCCAGAGCAACAGCAUGUCUCUGUACCGCAACUCCGCCUGGUUCCUGAAAGGACUGACCGAGUUCACCAAGAAUGGCUUCCUUUCGGCCUCCAAGCGCUUUGUGGAGAAGGACCUGGACGUGUCUGUGGCUGGACGCUCCUUCCUGAUCACAGGAGCCAACAGUGGCAUUGGGAAAGCCGCUGCAAUGGCCAUCGCCAAGAAAGGAGGAACGAUCCACAUGGUGUGCAGGAACAGGGACAAGGCUGAGGAGGCGAGGGCGGAUAUCGUCAAAGAGACGGGAAAUAAAGAGAUCUACGUCCACAUCCUGGAUUUAUCUGAGACUAAGAAGGUCUGGGAGUUUGCUGAGAACUUCAAGAAGAAGUUUAAGACCCUCAAUGUGCUGAUCAAUAAUGCAGGAGCCAUCAUGAGUCAGAGGGAUGUGAACGCUGAAGGACUGGAGAAGAGCUUUGCUGUCAAUGUGCUCGGAGUUUACAUUCUCACCAAGAGUCUAAUCCCCUUAUUAGAAAAGAGUCCAGAUCCCAGAGUGAUCUCGGUGUCAUCAGGGGGAAUGUUGGUGCAGAAGCUCAGGAUAGGAAAUCUGCAGUCUGAGAGAGGUCGCUAUGAUGGCACCAUGGUCUACGCCCAGCACAAAAGGCAGCAGGUGGUGAUGACGGAGCAGCUGGCAAAAACUCACACCAACAUCCACUUUUCUGUCAUGCACCCCGGCUGGGUGGACACUCCAGCGGUGGCCAACGCCAUGCCCGACUUCCAUCGCUCUAUGAAGGACAGCCUUCGGACACCCGAGCAGGGGGCUGACACCAUGGUGUGGCUUGCUGUCUCAGAGGCUGCAACCACAAACCCCAGUGGACGUUUCUAUCAGGACCGGAGGGCGGUGCCCACCCAUCUGCCGCUGGCCUGGACCCACAGCUCCCCUCUGGAGGAGCAGAAGUUGGUUUCACUGCUGGAUGACCUGGCCAAGACGUUUCAGCCCCACUGAGCCUGAGGCGCAGCGGAACGUGGACACUAACACCCACAGUUUGUAUUGACCGAGGCUGAGCUCUGACGUUUCACACAUCUGGCCCAGACCAAGAGCAGGGACCAGAUCACAUUAAUCUGAAGCACCCAGGGUGGUAACAUUAGGGCGUGGUCACUGUCUCAGAAAAGGAUAGCUAUAUAAAAAGUGUUUUUUGAAACCCCAGCCUUAUGAUAGACUAAAUGUGCAGUAUCUUCAUAACCACCUGUGAGUUUAACUAUUUAUGAACUAGAGCUUUCUUUGUGCGAGUGUUUGACAGCGGUGCUGCUGACAGAGAGCAUGCUGUGACUUUAAUAACUGCGUCACUCAGAUGGGAAUCUGAUGAGACUAAAGUCACAUUCCUGAAACGAACACACACCAGCCAUGGGUUCAGUGUCACUCUUUGUGUUCCUCAUGACUCACAACCGUUGCAGGUGAUGUGCCGUAUGUAACAUGUGUCUGUUUUGUCACGUAGCUUCUGUUCAGUGCAGGUUGAACCCAGACUGGAGGUUCUCUUUACCUGCUGUGUGUCUCAAAGAAAUUAAACAUCACUGGAUAUGUGCAACAAAUCUGCACAGCACCUUUAAAAAAAAUGACUUCCUGUAACUUCAGCUUGAAUUCAUCUUGUAAACGUGUGUGAAUAAACAGAAAAUGCUGAA